CCGGUUUUGCCUAUUUAAAUAUAUUGCUCCAAACGGUAUGACAUAAAUGCUAUGAAAAAUCUGUAGCUAAGUAACAACUUUGUAUAUCAAUUUAAAAUACGCAAAAUAUAGGUAUUAACAUGCCAAUAAUUUUAAUAUUAUAUUUAUAGUACAAAAAUCCAAUAAAGCAAUGCGAAAAUGUCCCUUACACCUAAACGUACAAUUGACGUUCCAGCAACAUGCAACAUACAAAAUAGCGUUCACCACUGCAACAAGUUGCAGUUUCCCUAUCCAGACGAAUCGAUCAAAGGGAGGAGCUUGGAGGGAAUGUGCGCAAGCGUUGGUAACUCAUUCCUCUUACCUUUUCCAUGGUAGAAUCCCGAAUUCAGUUAUUCCUGCAACAUAGAACAGUGAUUAUGACAACCGUUCAACCGACCACGCUACAAACAGAUCUGGAUUACAGUCUCCAAUUGAACAGAUGGCUGUUAAAACCAAUAGGCGCCUGGCCUAAAUCAUCAACCACCACAAAAAUGGAAAAAGUUAUUUCACUAAUUUUGAACGUAAUUUGUUAUUCCUUCAUUGCGAUCACCGUAGUUCCUUGCAUACUGCACCUGCUGCUUGAAAAUGAUGAUAUUCGCACGAAGCUGAUACUUUUCGGUCCAUUGUGCCACUGGGUCUUUGGAUGUAUCGAUUACACAACGUUGUUGAUGUACAGUAAAGAAAUAAACUGGUGCGUGGAGCAGAUGAAGAACGAUUGGCAGGCUGUUACCAGAGCGGAGGUGCAAGAAGUGAUGCUAAAAGACGCGAAAAUCGGUCGUUACGUGGUCGCCUUUUGCGCGACAUUCAUGCAUGCUGCCAUUGUCUUCUAUAAUAUAGUACAAACACUUACUACAGAGAUUAUUCAAGUUGGAAACGAAACCAGGGUCAUACGUAUGCUACCAUGUGUGGCUUACAAAAAGCUGAUACCAGUCGAUACCAAUCCCACGAACGAGAUCAUCUUCGUCGUGCAAUUAAUUUCUGGUUUCAUCGUCACCUCUGGUCUCGUUGGUGCUUUAAGCUUAGCUACCGCAUUUACGGCUCACGUUUACGGUCAAUUGAAUAUUCUGAUGAUGUGGAUCUCGGAGUUUGUGAAUCAAUCGAGACAUCAUGAUAAGUGCGCUGAUUUGAAUGGUAUACGUGCCAUCGUGGAGAAACAUCUUACAAUUUUUAGUUUUAUAUCACAUAUCGACACUAUAAUAAAUGGAAUAUGCUUCAUGGAACUGUUUAGGGUUACAUUUAGUGCAUGCCUGCUUGGAUACUACAUUCUUGUGGAAUGGGCCAAUCAAGAUUUUCAAAACAUGAUUAGUUAUGCGCUUGUACUUGGUUCCUAUUCUUUUCAUAUUUUUACGCUGUGUUUUAUCGGUGAAACAAUAACAGAACAGUGUAAUAAAGUUGGCGAGGCAGUUUAUAUGUCGAAUUGGUACUAUCUACCUGAAAGAGAUAUUCUCGACCUAAUGCUAAUCUUGUCAAGGUCCUAUGUGACAACUAAAAUCACUGCUGGAAAAAUAAUUCACAUGUCAUUCUAUGCGUUUGCCAGUGUGAUGAAAACCGCUUUUGCCUAUUUAAAUAUAUUGCUCCAAAUGUUGUGA